ACGCAAGAAUGACGUCAUACUGACCGCAUAUAUACGACCUGAACUCUCCACCGACGUACAAUUCUACCGAAUACCUCAGCUCGAGGCGGAAUUUCGCGGUGGUGAUCAAAGUCUAACGUGACUUAAAAGGUACGUUGCUCCAUUUUUUGUUAAUAGUAUAUUUAAUGGUAGAAGCAUCAGGGGAAUUAUAGACUUACAUGUUUACUGACAUAAUCAGACAACCAGGCCACCGUGUCGUUGAGCUAACUUUAGCAUUAGCUAAGAAUAGAACAAUGGAGCUUCCAACAGGAGACCAUAAAGCCUCUCACCUUCAGCCUGGUUUACUCAAACUCUGCGGAUAUCAACGUACAAAGGUCCAUUUAAACGAUCGUAGCUGUGUGAAAGAGAGGCUGUUAACUAAUACGCACAUCUAGAGUGGGUGUUGUUGUCAGUCCUGAGUAGUAUGGAGGUAUAGUGUUCUGUUGAUGGAAAUGUAAGAGGCUGAAAAUGGCGACGUGGGAACAGAAAAAGGCCGACAUGUUGGGCUGAAAGGCCUUAUGUUUUGACUCCGUAAGUUUGCCAGAUGUGCCUUAAUGACGACUCACUCAAGUCUCACACUACAACCUUUUAAUAUGUCAAUAUAGCAAUAUCCCACCCUGAUGUUACUGGACAUGGCGAUUGAAUGUGAGCUAAGAAACAUGCUAUUGCGUAUAAUGAGUCUUAACAGUAACCCUGACGCCUCCCUUCAGCUCGGCUUUGGGGGGAGGGGAGCCGAGAUGUGCUAUACUGAUGCUAGGCUAAGUUAGCAUUCCGGCUUGGUGCUGAGCGCAAACGGCUCUGCGAUUAAAUCAAGUUGAUGUUAAGUUGGGUUAAACUGAAUAUCAUUGACAAAUCGCCAUUACUGUGACUUCUAGGUAGUACGAGAUGGCCCGUACCAAGCAGACUGCCCGUAAAUCUACUGGAGGAAAGGCGCCAAGGAAGCAGCUAGCUACCAAGGCCGCCAGGAAGAGCGCACCCUCCACAGGGGGAGUGAAGAAGCCCCAUCGUUACAGGUCUGUAGUCAUGCACAUUACUCCUGUAGGCUGUCCUGUCGUAUUUAUUUUAAAUAUGAUGUUUUAAACGCGAUCCAUAAAUCAUUUCUUGUGAAGGCCUGGCACCGUGGCUCUGAGGGAGAUUCGUCGUUACCAGAAGUCCACAGAGCUGCUCAUCCGCAAACUUCCCUUCCAGCGUCUGGUGAGAGAAAUUGCCCAGGAUUUCAAGACUGACCUGCGCUUCCAGAGUGCUGCCAUCGGAGCUCUUCAGGUACAGAACACAAGAGGCAGUUUGAGGAGUUAUCUGUUAUCUGUAAAGAUUUAAUUGUGCACGAAUAAGUGUAUCUAUUUAAUGUGGCUAUUUUGACCUGACUACAGAUGUGUAUCUCGUUUCUUACAUGACCUUACAGCAUCUCUCUAUGGCAUAUUUUAAAAAUGUAUAUUUAUUUUGUACAUUUAAGGCUGUUUAAAGGUGGACUUUGUGUGGGAAAUGGAAAUGAAUAGGUGUUAUUUUGGUUUGUUUGUGUCUAUUACCUACUUGAACGAUUUGUAUUGACCCUCCAAAAAAAAACUUGACACUUGACACACUGACACUUUUUUUUUUUUUUUUUAAAGGAAGCCAGUGAGGCUUACCUGGUGGGUCUGUUUGAGGACACCAACCUGUGCGCCAUUCACGCCAAACGCGUCACCAUCAUGCCCAAAGACAUCCAGCUGGCUCGCAGGAUAAGGGGAGAGAGAGCUUAAGCAGCUGGUGGCAGCAUGAUUUAAGACAAAUGAUACUAUUUAUCGUACUUAACCAUUUUUGUGGACAUUUUAUUUCUUGGGUAUUUUUAUAAGUUUUCUGUUUGGGUUUUGUAAUGUAUUUUAGAUUGGGACAAUUCAUCGAUCAUUCCACAGUCCUGAGUAUGCUUAGGUAGAUUCAAAUGUGUGGCAGUAGGGGAAAUUUGCCUGUUUUUAAUCACCGGUCAUACACAUGUUCAUGUUGAACAAUCUCAGCAUUGAGUGUUUUUAAGGCUAUCUGGAGGUGGCGUGUUAGACAAAGGAUACAUUUAUCACAUCUUCCAUGAGGGUCUAUGGUUCCUCCACCAAUUUGCCAUCUACCACACAGUGCCAGCAUGUGUUGUGCGAAGGUUUUGAAUAGAAACCUGAUGCUGUGCACUAAGUGACCACAAGCAUGGGAGACCCUCCUGUAUUUUUCUGGACUGCUUUUUAAAUGUUUUUCAACAAAACUUGGCAGCUACAUUGAUACUAUUUAUGAAGAUGUUGUCACAUGUCUUUCUAUUAAAGUUCUUUAUGAGUAGAAAUUUGAGCAAUCUUGUGUUUUCUGUUUCACACACGGAUGACUCAAGUUGAUUUUACACUUUAUUUACAAGACAUAACAAGGCAACGCAGUAUAAAGACUUCUCAUACAAACCACUCUGUAUGCUUGAAACCAGUAGCUGCAAGGUAAAAGGAAAAAUUUAGUGUCUCUUAGGAAUGCAAUCAACUCAAAUGUGCAUCUUGAGGAACUGAAAAACAUCACUGUAUAUGGACAAUGCCCUUCCACAUUCUAGCUGUUUGUACCAAUGUAAGCAUGCUGAAUUCGGCACCCAAAUUCCCUAUAGACUGCAGGGCUAGAAGAAGAUGGAUUUUGGUGUCCAGUGAGAAAUACUUCCAAUUGUUGUGCAUGUUCUCCAAUUAAAUGUUAAUUUUUGGUACAUCAAUCAUCAAAAUACCAAAACUUUCAACA